GGUGUGACGUACUGCGGUGAAAGUUCGGCCAGCAACCUCACCAUGGCCAAUGUCCCCUGGCAUGAGGAGGUAGUGCACUUCGUCCAGGAGCUGGCCGACCUCAUCCCCGACUAUGAAAUCGCAUGUGAACACGAACACUCAAACUGUCUCCUAAUAGCUCACAAGAAGUUCAAGAUCAAUGGUGAGUGGUGCACCUGGAUCAACUACGACCGCUUCCAGGAGCUGGUGCAAGAGCACGAGAGGAGCGGCGGGUCCAAGGCUUUCACUGCAGUCGAUUAUGCAGCCAGAACUCCUCGCUGGGCGCUGUUUGGGUCCAGAGAAAGGGGAUUUGAUCCCGUGGACAUAAGAUACCAGCGGAAGAAUAAAGUGAGAGACAUCUCUGGGUGCUGA